GAGAUCGCGGCGCGACGGCGGCAGCGCCGCCUCCUGCAGCCGGGCGGGGCGGGGCGGGGCGGGGCGAGGCGGCGGCGGCUCAUGGCUUCGCAGGACGUGCUCGGCCAGACCACCCGGCUGGCCUCCUCCAGCGCCGCGCUGCAGGUGCUGUCCCGGGGGGUCACCUUCGCGCUGAACGCCUUCACGCUCCGCCACCUCUCCAGGGAGCUCAUCGGCGUCGUCAGCGUGAGGCUAACGCUGCUUUAUUCAACAGUCCUCUUCCUAGCCAGGGAGGCGUUUCGCAGAGCUUGUCUGAGUGGAGGUACAAAGCGCAACUGGACUAAAACAAUUAAUCUACUGUGGCUAACAGUUCCUCUUGGUGUUUUUUGGUCUGUUUUCUUGGGCACAGUCUGGCUACAGUUGCUUGAAGUACCUGAUCCUGCAGUGGUUCCUCAUUAUCAGGCCGGUGUAGUGGCAUUUGGUCUUUCUGCAGUUAUUGAGCUUCUGGGAGAACCUUUCUGGGUUUUAGCACAAGCUCAUUUGUUCGUAAGACUUAAGGUAAUUGCUGAAAGCUUUUCAAUAUUGUCAAAAUGUGUUUUGACGGUUAUUUUAGUAAUUUUUUAUCCUCAGUGGGGCCUUUACAUUUUUUGCUUGGCGCAGCUUUUAUAUACCAGCAUUCUGGUAAUGUGCUAUGUAAUUUAUUUUAUGACGUUUCUGGGAUCUCCUGAAGCAACAAAGAAGUCAUUUCCUGUUGCUAGAAUGAAAGCUCUUUUACCUAACUUGGUAGAAGAUGAGACUUUUGUUAACUGGAAAGAGGCGCGAUUGACUUGGAGCUUCUUCAAACAGUCUUUCUUGAAACAGAUUUUGACAGAAGGUGAACGAUAUGUGAUGACUUUUUUGAAUGUCUUAAAUUUUGGAGAUCAGGGUGUAUACGAUAUCAUAAAUAACCUUGGUUCACUGGUGGCCAGGUUUGUAUUUUUGCCUAUUGAAGAGAGUUUUUAUGUCUUUUUUGCUAAAGUAUUGGAAAGAGGGAAGAAUGUAAAGCACCAGAAACAGGAUGAUGUUGCUAUGGCUGCAAGUGUGUUAGAAUUGCUGUUGAAACUUGUCCUUCUGAUUGGCCUUACCAUCACAGUUUUUGGCUAUGCCUAUUCUCAUCUGGCUCUGGAUAUUUAUGGAGGCUCAAUGCUCAGUUCUGGAACAGGUCCAAGCCUCCUCCGAUGUUACUCUUUAUAUGUCCUAUUUCUUGCUGUCAAUGGAGUAACGGAAUGUUUUACAUUUGCUUUGAUGUGCAAAGAAGAGGUAGACAGGUACAAUUUUGUCAUGCUGGCCUUGUCAUUCACAUUCCUGUGCAUCUCUUACUUCUUGACCCGUUGGCAUGGCAGUGUAGGCUUUAUCCUUGCCAACUGCUUUAAUAUGGGUAUUCGAAUAGCUCACAGCAUCCACUAUAUCUAUGAUUUCUUCAAAGAAAGCACUUACAGGCCUUUGUCAGGCUUGCUGCCCUCACCGCUUCUGGUACUUGUUUAUGUCGCAAGUGGAGCAAUUACUGUUUUCUCAGAGGUAUUCUUCUGCUGCGAUAAGGGUUGGAUGGCAAGGCUGAUUCACAUCAGUGUGGGAGCUCUGUGCUUUGCAGCAACCAUCGUUACCAUGUUCUGCACAGAGACCAAGCUCAUCCACUUUGUCAGAAGCCACUUCUUCUCACGGUACAAGAAAGGAACCUAAAAUGCUCAUGUGCAGAACAGUUCUUGUACAUGCUUGCAGUGAAGGGCUAUAUUUUUCCACAUAAGUGCAGAGAAAUGUUUCCACAUGAAUUUCUUAAAACCAUCAGUACUGGAACUGAAAUGGAGAUUGUUGUCAACUGAGUACUGUUUCCUCUUCUAAACCAAUCAGUACGGUGAAAGAGCGCUGAGUAAUUUUGUUGUGCAUCAUUCUCUUCUAAGCUCUUCUUCAGGAAGCCUCAGUGUGCUUUUUGAUGAUGAAUGAACAGCCAGGAUGUAUCUUUCUGAUGUAACCUAGUUGACAGACUUCACGUGGGGAACUCCCAUUCUUACCAGUCUGGCGCACGUGGAUGAAGGCAUUGCAUGCCUUACAUCUUUUAAUUAAGAUGUAAUUAAGAAUGCCCUUUCAAAGUUGGGCUAACUGGUUGGAGAAGAAACUGUGUGACAUGAAAAAUGCUGAAGAGCAUAGCACUAGAGCAAGGACCAAUAACACUGUAACUGCUGUUGAACUAGAACAUAGUUGAGUGCAGAGAAAUUGAAUUAUCAGUGUCUUGAAGUGUAAAGCAGUGAACAGAAAGCUUCUGACAUCUACAAGUAAGUUAACAGAACACACUAUGUCCAUGCUAACUGUGCAAGAUUAUUUAUUUCAUUCCGCAUAUCCCUCUUUUAUGAGGGCAUUGGUUGUCAAAAAUACCGUGCAGCCUCAACUAAAUAAUAAAUAUAAUGGGGUUUGGAGCUGAAUUUUACAAAAGGCACUGGUAAGUACGAUGACACCGAAGCUGAAGUUCUAGAAGGCUUCUUUCUUCUACUCCAUUGUUUUUUAUUUUUUAUCUGAGAUUUUAAAUGCCAGCAUGAACAAAUUCUUGUCUCAAAGUGACUUCUUGUCUGCCAAAUCAAAUAAUUCGUUUAAUGAGAUUUCUUUCUGGCAUUUGUGCAUAUGCAUACUGAGACUUUUGUUAGUAAACAGAAAAUGCUUCUUUUUUUUUUUUUUUUUUUUUUUAACUAGAUUUUUUUCUUGUCUUGUGCUUUUACUUGUUUAGUCUUAACCUUUGUAUUUUUUUGAUUGCUGAAAAAUUUGGACAUACAAAAGCUAUAAAGCAAGAUACUGGGCUGCUGCUCUAUGUUUUACUAAGAGGUAUAUCCUAAUGCUUAUCUAAGAUCUGAAUUUGGCAGUUUUGGACUGUACAAAUGGCAGGUUUUAAUAAUCAGUGUUCCAUUUGCAAUGUUUGGAUGGGCCAAAAAUGUCAAGAGAUGGAAAAUGUGUGCUCAAACACGUGCAGUCUAAAGAUUUUAGUUUAAUUACAUAGCUGGCCAAGAGCUAUGGAGUUGCUUAAAGAAUACUUGCUGUAAUGGCCUUGUGGAAUUCACCUUACUAACCAUUGCUCACAGAGAGAAAUGCUUUCUGGUAUCACUGUAUUCAGUUUGGCACUGUUAGAAAUAUAAAUAUUUUCUAGAUUCUAGUACUUAAAGGAUAUUGCCAGAGACAUUUUAUAUGAAAAUUUGAUGACAGAGAGAGAUUAUCAUAGAGCAGCCAAAACAUAAAGGUGGGAGGAAAAGGAAGGUGCCCCUCUUCUGCUAACGGUGUUAUUUCUUUUGCCUUGCUGGAAGGUAGUAGAUGGAGACUUGUUAGUUGUUCUGAAAUUGUUACGAAAUCUGUCUAAAUAAAAUUGGACUGCAUUCUGUACUGUUAUGUGAA